UCAGAGUUGGCCAGCGUGGCCUUCCCGCCCAGGGAAGGAGCCCCAGCUGCCAUUUGGCUGUUGCCCUGGGCAGGCAGCUCCUGCUGCGGGUGCUCUUGGGCUGCUCAAGCUGUUGGUGCCUGGACAGGCCAAGUGCUGCGCUGAGCGGGGAGCCCGCCCUUGCCAGCCAUGGCCAGGAGAAAGGCACCCCAGAGAAGAUGCCGAGGGGCCUCCAAAGGCUCCUUGGAGGCCAAGGCCGACCAAGAGCCGGCAGGGGAGGCAGCGGGGCCGAGCCGCUGCCAGACGAGUGGGUAAGAAUUGGCUGCUCCUGCCUGGGGCGGCGGGUUGGGGUGGGAGCUGGGACGCGGCCGGACACGACCCGUGGGGUGGGGAGCAGCGUGGGGAAGAUGACAGAGGCUUCUGGAGAGAGAAACGGAGCUGGGGAAGGGGCUGCCUCUGGCCCCGCAGCUGGGACGUCCCCUGCGAGGCUUCCCGAGGCCGAGCUCUGGCCAGGGCCUCGGUUCACACAGCGUGGGGCUGGUGGGCAAGCGGCAUCUCCCUUUGUCCUCCUGCAGGAGCGCCGGCACGAGGUUGGAGCUGGUGACGCGAUUCUGGAAGUCAAGUCCCGGCUCUGCCACUCAGGGAUUUGCAAAGUGGCGCAAUGAGGCCACAAAAAUUGCAUGGAUUGUCUUCAGCCUCACUUGCCGUGGGGCAGGUGCCCUGGUCUCCCUGUGGACAUGUCUGCCGAGUGUGUCCGUCUUUGCCAUGCACAAGAUGGCCCCAAAAAAGAACUGGUUUGUGAUGGACAGGCAGAGGAUGCAGUUCUUGAGGGACAUGAGGUGCUUCCGAGUCAUCCUCCUGUUGCUUCUGGUGGCUCUUGGCAUUUACUGCACAACCUCGAUGCCAGGGUGGACAACACAGGCAAAGGGAUGGAUGGAGGAGCAGAUCUGUGGGUCCGCAAUCGAACGGAAGAUCCAGAGCGAUUACCAGGCUUUGCUGGUGGCACAAAAUCAAAAUAUGCGGCGUCUGCUGCAGGAGGUGGCUCAGCUGAGGGUGCAGCUCAUCAGCGCGAGGAAGGCAGCGUCCGAGGCGGCUUCGCAAGUCUCCGUGGAGAUGUCUGACUGGGCCCUGCAGAGCGCUGGUGCUGCCAUCGACACGCGGAGAACUUCCCAGACCUACGGCUGCCAAGGGAAUUGGAUCUGCGGCGUUAUACAGUUAUUUCAUGCUGCCAACCCUCCUGAGGCUGUUCUGCAGCCCGAUGUUUCCCCAGGGAACUGCUGGCCUUUCCAAGGGCGUCACGGCCAGGUGGUCAUCCGGUUGCCAGCACGAGUCCACCUGAGCGCCGUCACCGUGCAGCACAUCUCCAAGGAAGCCUCUCCCUCUGGGUCCGUCAUUAGCGCCCCCAGAGAUGUCGCCGUCUUUGGACUGGAUGCGGAUGGAGAAGAGGAAACUCUGCUUGGGAUGUUCAUGUACAACGUGGCGAAAGAGCCCAUCCAGACGUUCCCGCUGAAGGCGCUGCCCAGAGCCUUUUCAUACGUCAAAUUUCUUGUCAAGAGCAACUGGGGAAACCCGAAGUAUACCUGCAUUUAUCGAGUGCGGGUUCACGGGAAGAUGGCAAAACCAGAAAGCCUCAGCUGAAACCAGAGCAGAAACAAAGGCAAAAAAUAAAAAAUGCUGUGUCGGUUCAGAUCGGUGUAGAAGAUGUGCAAACCUGAUUCCUCAGCCCAUGAACGUUCCUGUUCUUGAUCUGGCUCAUCUGUGUCAGAGGUUCGUUUGUGUCGGGUUAAUUAGUGUCGACGCGGAAUUUUGAAGUGUUUUGCCCCUUGUUAUUCUGCCCUCCCCUCGGCACUGGCAUUCCAGGGCUGGGGGGGAGAGUUGGAACUCUGUGUUCCUGGCAGCUGUAA